GCCGAAUGAAAUUGCAUUUUAAAGAAUGUCUGUUAAAACGUGCUUAAUCGGUAGUCUAACUCGAAUAAAUUUUUCAGUCGUUUCAACAGAUCGAUCAAUGUCAUCGGACACGAUAAUAAUUGUUUGUCGAGUGAAGAAGGCGAGGUUCGUCGGGGUCCAAGCGCAACAAUUCAACACGUACGUCACGCUGAAGCUGCAGAAUGUCAAGUCGACCACAGUCACCGUGAAAGGGGCCAAUCCAUGCUGGGAACAAGAUUUUCUUUUCGAAACCAACGACGUGAACACAGGCCUGCUGGUCGAGGUAUGGAGCAAAGGGAUGCUGUGGGACCGAGCACUGGGCUACCAUUACAUCCCAUUACCCGACGUGUCCUACUCGAACGAGGUAACAACAAAGUCAAAUCCACGCCAAGUCCCACUUGACAAAAGACAACAAGAAUCGUCAGACACCAUACUCGACACCAACAGCAACACACAGCUACCGGAAGUCAUGGACACGGACGGUUCGGGACAAUGGGUCAGCCUGGAUUCGGAAUUGGAAAUGCGAGGUGGCGAAGUAGUCGGCACCAAAUCUCCAACUGGUCAUACGCUUCUUAUAGACUGCCGUUUCGAGCUGCCGUUCGGAAAGUGCGAUCCGCCGACCGGAUGGAAAGCCCUGCUCACAAGCGAAACGGCUAUGAAGCUGCGAGCAUCCCGGCCCACGUGUGGCUCAGACCCGGAGAAUACAGAGGCCGCAGACCUGCAGAGGAAGCUGGAAAUGCUGAACAACACAAUGGACCAGGAGGCACGGGCAGAACAGGCACGCCGACAGAUACUCUACAAUAUAGGCCAUUCUGGUUAUUCCGAAGAUUCAGAUUACACUUCGGAUCUGAAUUACCCUGUAGGCGGUCAGGGUGCGAACAGCUCAGCUUCCCAAUUCCGAACAGCGGCGAACCAAUUGGCAACGCCUCAACGUUCUUUAGAGACUUCACGUGAAAAUAGUUACGAGAGAGACGAUCAUCAGAUUCCACCAACGGUAGGUGGUAGGUUAGCACCUGGUUCCUAUGGGGGAUGCAGUGGCAGAGGUCAUAGCCCUCGGUACGAUGAACCUUAUCCUGAGGAGGGUCCACCAGCUAGAUACUCAAUUCAACCAAGUGCCGAGUCUUCCGAGCCUCUCUUCUACAACAGUCGACCUAGACACUACAAGGAACACAGACGACGGAAGCAUACGUGGGAUCAUGAAGACAGUCAGGAGGGUUGGUACAGCGAGGGCUAUGAUUAUCCAGCGAGGAUCGAUACCGAUACCAGGAUUUUUAGUGACACCGAGUAUUAUCCUGGUACCACGACAAGCAUAUCUUCUAGGAAAAGAGCUACUCACAGAAGAAGAUCCUUGGAAAGGCAGACGACACUCUACGACGAGCACUCGCACUACAUGACGGACGAAUAUGGAACUGAUACACAUGUCGGAAAGAUGAGCGCCACUUAUCCUGAUUGCCAAACGGAUAUCCGGUACAACGAGUACUACGAUAGCAUUACGGGAUACGUUUAUCAAGAUGAGAGAUAUGGUCAGGAUGACGAAGACAGACAAUGGGAUAGCGGAGGGAAGUGGUACUCAGAAAGUAGCACGUAUUAUGAAAAUAAACGGAACCGGAAGAGUUUGUCUCGGAGACCGUCGUCGACUAUCGGGAUCCAUAGGCCAGACUUCAGACCUGCGUUUCAGAGGCAGCGUAGCUAUGAUUCAGAGGAGGUUGAUCCUAGCGGCCAAAUUUCGCGGCGUCGGUCGGCAUUGCAGUCUCAGCAUUGGCCGAUGCCACGAAUGGAAAGAACGGGGAAAAAAUUACCACCGACCCCUACGAAACCCAGUAGCGUUAUUCUUGGUCGUAAACCAACGUCUCUUCCUGCUACGCCGGGAAGACAGCUGCCGAAGACCUGGUCGAAUGCCGAGGACACAUAUUAUCAGAAGUCCGAAUUCAACGAAGACUAUAACUACGCUUACGAUAGUCAAGAUAAUCUGCCGCAGGAUUCGUACGUCGAUCCUGCUUAUCAAGAUAGUUUUGAUCAGUCGGGUAAAGAAAAUUAUUCCUCUUCGCUUCAGGAUCAAUAUAAUUACGAUCAAGUAGGAUACGGAUACGUAGCGCCGCAGGUGGAAGAUACAUAUCUCCAGGACUCGUACAAGGACGAGUAUCAACAGCCUUAUCAGGAAUCUUAUCAGAAUGCUUACACGAAAGACCAGGAGUUCACGGAGGCAAAGAAUCAGUACGAUCGAUCACAGACGAGGAUACAUGAGAAUUAUCCAGAUUACGAUGAGAAUAAUCAGAUGUACACACAGCAUCCGACUUCCGUAUCAUCUACAACGUAUGAUCAGAACAAUCAAGCUAGCGACGUCUAUAAUCAAUAUUCGGAGGAUCAAUACGAUUCGCAAUACAAUGUCACCACGUCCACGAGUUACGAGGAACGUUAUCAGGAUAAUUACGAGCAGAUUCCAGUAUCGGUAUCGGAUGAUUAUCAGGAGUCAUAUAUGAAGCAGCAGGAGGAUACUAGUGAUUAUCAAGUACCUUAUAGCAAAGAGGAGAAGGUAGAUUACCAGGAAGAGAAUAUUUAUAAGGAUACAUACUCCGAUCAGUAUCAGAACUAUCGAGAACAGUAUGACGAUUCUUAUAAUGAAUCUUACGACAGUCACUACAAUGAACCUACGGUAGCUCACGCUGGUAGGAGACAGAGCGAGGUGCCUGAACUCUCAGUUACGACGCCAAAAGGUCAAACGAGGACAAACGGGUAUCCUUCCGGUGAAUCUGAAUAUUUCUAUCCCAGCCAGGACAGUCAAGAAGUCUCAUCCGUAAGUUCGUCGAGAACUAAGAAACUGGGUAAAGCCAGUCCGCUUUUGCAACAGAAUACAGAUUCCCUAGAAUCUAGGGACGAUGAGCUCAAGGAUUCCUUUGAUACCGCUGUCAGUUCGGUUGGUAGUAGUCAACAACGCAAAGCCUUCUCCGAGUAUUCCACAGCCGGGGACUCCAGUCCAGCUGCGGCCACUUUAGUAGAUUUUCCUCAAGCUCCUGUUCAAGGUCAAACGACAAUGGUCAAUCACAUGACCUCUAAUCACGUGAGUGCAAACGUAACCACAACUGCCUUAGUUCACACAACGGUUAUGGCUAAUGGGAAACGUUUAGCAAGGACUGACUCUUACCAUGAGGAUAUUAUGGACGACGAGGAGUAUCCAGAAAUCGAGCCCAAGGAGGUUCAUCGAAAGGAUUCGCAAAUGUCUCAUCAAAGUCAGAUUAGCCAACAGUCCAAUCACUCUCAGAAGCCAAAAUUAACACGAGGCGACUCCUACGCUUCGGAUCAUUUUGCAGAUGAGCCUUAUACUGCUCCCGGUAGAAAGGAUUCCUUUACUCAGCCUACAAGAAAGGAUUCUUAUUCCUCUAUCAAUCAAGAGGGCUUUAAGCCGCCCCUGAAUAGAACGGAUUCCUAUCAAAAGAGAGAACUGACACGUGGCAGUUCUUAUGGACAGAAUUUCAACGCACUUCAGCCAGUUUCAAGAGCCGAAAGUUAUCAGCGAGGAUAUUUCAAUGAUCAGGAAUCGAUCAAUGAGCCUGAGAUUGUACUUAGCAACACAGUCAACGGGGAGUACAAGAUGCGUGAUGAGACUCUUGAGAGGUACGAGAGGGGCGAAGAGGCGCUUAUACGAGUCUCACGGGAAAAUUCACUUGUGGAACCGUACAAGGGAACUCCUCCUAUUUCACGUUCGGACAGUCCACCAGGGAGCGUCACCAAACAAGCUUCUCUGGAGGAAAGCGUGCAGAUGGACACACCACCCAGGAGUCCACCUGAACCUCCAGGAGACGAGGAACUUUUAAACCUGGUCGGCGCAGCACCCGUACCAACGCAGUUGAAGGAAAGAACGGAAAUGACAGCGAGACAGCGAUGGGGUUGGGCCUACAAUAAAAUCAUCAUGCAGCUUAACAUAAUUCUGGUGGAGAUAAUUCGGGUGGAUGAUCUGGAUGAAGAUGAGACCGGGUGGUUCGAGGUCCUUGUGAAGGAGCGAACCGUGAGGUGUCCCAGUGAAGACAGUAGAUAGUGAAAGUGAGUGAGAAGGUGUGAAAGAUG